CAUAUAACUUACUGUCAAAUAAGCUAAUUCUGUUUUCUCUCUUUCCGGCUUCAGGCCAUCGUGUGAACACACUUUUAUUGUUUCAGUUGAAGUUUUUAUCACUAUUUGUUGCUAAAACUUCAACAAUGCCGCCAAAGUUUGACCCCAACGAAAUCAAACACGUUUAUUUAAGAUGUGUCGGUGGAGAAGUUGGUGCAACCUCGUCUCUGGCUCCUAAGAUUGGUCCUUUGGGAUUGUCCCCAAAAAAGAUUGGUGAUGAUAUUGCAAAGGCAACAGGAGACUGGAAAGGAUUAAAGAUUACUGUAUGCCUGACCAUCCAAAAUCGACAAGCACAAAUCUCCGUUGUUCCCUCUGCUGCUUCGUUGAUCGUUAAGGCACUGAAAGAACCACCUCGCGACAGGAAAAAAGUCAAAAAUAUCAAACAUAACGGAAACAUUACGUUUGAUGAAGUAAUCAGUAUCGCACGAGUAAUGCGACCACGUUCAAUGGCUCGCGAACUCUCAGGCACUUGUAAGGAAGUCCUUGGAACUGCACACAGUGUUGGCUGUACGAUUGACGGUCGCGCACCACAUGACGUUAUCGACGACAUUAACAGUGGAGCGGUUGAGUGUCCUGCUGAUUAGAUCUUUUGUCACGCGAAUGUACGAAAAACGAUCCAAUAAAAAUAUGUAAUUGA